GUAUCAAAUGAAAAAAAAAAACAUAAUAAACUGACAUAAACAAACAAUCGAUAUGAAUUAAAUUUGCAGUUGAAUUCCCGACGAUUGGGGGAGCAUGAGUUCCGGGGCUGGUGAAAAUGACAUUUACGAUGACGAACCGGAGCUUAAUCCGAUUUGAGAACACCAAGGAUGAGGACGAAUGGAAGCGGACAUUAAUAUUUUUCAAUGUCGAUAUUUCGGGGCGAGUGAGCUGUGACCGCCGAAACGAGAUUACAACGCCAAGGACCUCGGACUGCAAUGAAAAGCGACGAAAUCCCGGCGGAGGAUUGGAUAAUCCAAUUACGGAAAGUGCGAUGUCAUGUGGGGCACCAUAUAAUUUCUAUGCUCACAGUCAUGAUGAUUUCGAUCACGGGAUUUAUAAGCGACGCAGAAGAGAUAAUGCUGCCUAUUUCGACAGUCUUAGGCACUUUCAUUAUAGAACUGUUAAAACUAGAAGGGGUAUUGGUGGCUCGGUUUCCCCAUACCGUUCAAUAGAUUCUGCGAAUUUUAAUUUCUCUCCAGACUACGAAAAUGGAAAUGAAAAUCCUGAAUACUACGAGGAAGCGGAACCCUGCCAUAGGAUCGAGGUAGCUUCUGAAUAUUCUGAAGAAGAGGAAGCUCCGAGACAUUACCAUAAGCCAAAUACGUAUUUCAAAGAUGAAAGUCCCUAUACUAAAAGACAUCGAAAAUCUCGCAUACCGGCACCUUAUGAAAGAUAUUAUCGUCAUCCCAAAGAAUCUUAUCAUAUUUAUAAAAGAGAUUAUAGAGAUCCACAAUCAAGAAGUUACGAGUAUAGACCAAGAAGAAUGCAUAGACAAACUUCAGGAUCUUUGCCACCCGAAUAUGCUUUAAAUUAUAAUACUCAAGACUACAAAGAAUAUAAAAAUAGGAAUAGAUAUCAGGCACCCUAUGUGCCAGACCAUAAUUAUGAAGAAAAUUACGAAGAGCAACCAAGUAAAAUCUACCAAAACCAAUAUGCACAAUCAAAUCAUUACGAUUACACAGAGUAUUACGAACAAAGGAAACCUUUUCCAAAACCACAACCUAAGUACAAAAGAUAUGUAAAUCAAUCCACAUACAAGGAUAUAACCGAUUCUUUAAACUAUCCUUCAAAAAUGUAUGAAACUGAACGAAAGUCGGAAUUCAAAAAUGAGAAUAUGCCACUUUAUAGAGCACCCCAAAUAAAAUACAAUAGGUGCAAAAGCUAUCACCAACCAGAGAAAAAUAUACCCAGAAAAAGUUUCAAUCAGCAUGCGGAGACUAAAGAAUCUACGAUUAAACACGAUACAUUGCCCAAAGAUAUUUUAGGUCUUGCUCCGCCCAAAAAAUAUGAGCAGCAUUUUAACGACCCAGGCGAAAGAAUUUAUAAGCAAAAUACAUCUCAAAUGUCCUCUAGAAAAAGAUACAUUCAUGAUAAUGGAGAGCGGUCCGUGCCCAACACCUCUAAAAAAUAUUUUACAGAAGAAAUUCCUCUUAGAAAAAACCUUAUUAACAUCAAAAAUGAAGUCCUCAGUCCGCAGAUGAGCUUUAAAAACUGAACCUCCUAAAUAUUUGGAUAAAUCUGAUCGUCACAAAAAUCGGAGUUAUCGUAAAUGUUUAGCUGAUCGUAAGAAGUCUGUAGACUUUGUUCAGUUUAAGAAUUUAAAUGUGGGCUCAGAGA